GGGGCUUUAUCUAUAUGGCAACACAUUUGAAUAAGAUAAUCAAACAAAGAAAGAGAGAUAAGAGACAGGUGUGCUGGGCGCAAAGUGACCCCCCAUAUUCGACACUGAGGGGGAAAUCCGAUGGACCUAUCCACUUGAUUAAGACACCUGAUCUCCAUUCAGAACUCUCCUCGACCAUUAUAGCUGGCAGCCAAUCGGAUUGAACGUGCUCUCCCCCCCCCACCCUCCUACUGUUUAAGAAGACAUAAAAUCUUGUAAGUACAUGCAGAUUUAGCCACAGUGUAGUUAACUGUUCCAAAAUUUUGCUGGGAGAUCAUUUAAAUUUGAGUAACAGGUUAUAAAUUGUGUCACUAAAAGUGUUGAAGUAAAGCGAAAAUUGCAGCCUGGCAAUGGUGAAAGAAAUAAAAGUGGAACCAACGGAAAGAAAAGUAGUAGUAGACAGAAAGCAGCGUUUGUCAUAUUCACUGAAAAGGGAACAGUUGAAGACCGAGCCUAUCUUGUGUGAACGAGUGAAAGAGGAAAAUCGGCGAUUUAUUGAAGUGCCCGUGUUCUCAAUGAUUGUUAAUAAACCUGGUAUACCUCCGUUCAGAUUCUCUCCGAUUACAAGUUCUACAGAAGUUUCGGACUGGUACCGGUUCUCUCCCUCUACUGGUAUCCAUGACAUGCCUCGAUUAUCUCCCAUCACAAGUUCUGAUGCAGCUCCUGGCAUGUCUCACUUUUCUUCAAUAACACGAUCUAGUGAAGCUCCAGGCAUGCCUCACCUUUCUCCAGUAACACGAUCUAGUGAAGUUUCUGGCAGACCUAGUUUCUCUUGUAUUACAAACAGUAAAGUUUUUGACAGAUCUCUGGCGCCAUCUAUUGCAAGUCCAAAUAAAGUUGCUGACGUUAACUCACUGGUGAAGAAAAGUAAAGCAGAAUGCUUGAAGAUUAAAGAAGAAAUCGUCGAUUCACCUAACGUUAACUCACUGGUGAGGAAAAGAAAAGCAGAAUGCUUGAAGAUUAAAGAAGAAAUCGUCGAUUCACCUAGCUCUUCUGUUGUUCCCAAAUUGGAAAAAGAGAGAUCUCCCGGAUCAAAAUCCGAAAGGGAAAGAAGAAAUGAAAAUAUUCUAAAAGGACUGAACACUGUAGAUCCACUUUUGAAACGGAUUUGUUUAGAAGAAAACGAGGACAACCAUUUUUGUGAAAUGAUGAAAUUCUAUUUCAAAGAUUUAAAUAAAAAGAGGAAAGCUGAGCUUCAAUUAAAAAUUUUGAAUUUAAUUAAGGAGGAAUUGAAUAAAAACUAAUUAUAUUGGA